CUUGUGUACUACACUGUAUAUAUGAAUACAUAGGAGAUAUUGUGGUGUGUGCAGGACCAUCAAUGGAACCAACAUUGUAUACGAAUGAUGUAUUACUGACAGAACGAAUAUCUGUUCGGACAGAGAACAUCAAGAAAGGUGACAUUGUUGUCUCUAAAUGUCCUUCAGACCCUAAACAACAUAUAUGUAAAAGAGUUGUAGGAUUGCCUGGAGACAAACUGGAAAAUGGAAUUAUAGUACCAAAUGGCCACGUGUGGUUGGAAGGUGAUAAUACCUUCAACUCGAAUGAUUCUCGCGAGUAUGGGGUUGUUCCACAAGGUCUGUUACGAGGACGUGCAUUCUGUAAAAUAUUACCACUUAGAAAUAUCACCUAUUUUGCGAGAGAGGACGCGAAACAUGAUUAAUCCUGUUAACAAAUUACAAACCAGAAAUAGUACAGAGGAUAAUAAUCGGUAGGAUAAAUAUGUAAUUUGUAUACCGUU